UGAAGUAUAAGAAGCCAGCUCGGUAUCUGAAGACGUGGUUCACGCAGUCUCCUCUGCCCCAUGAAGCUCCAUCACCAUGGAGGUAACUUUUCUUACAGAACGUGAGAAUCAAACCACCUGGUCCACUUCUUCUUCCAUCGCCGCCACCGCUUCCUCAUCUCCUCCACGUACUCCGGCCAAAACCGUGAAAGAGAGACGCUGCAAGAGAGGUCAUGAAGCCAAAUUUGGUUCGGAUGAUAUUGGAAGGAAGGGUUCUAAGAGCAGUGACGAUGGGAAACACCGUAUUUAUCAUGGUGUUCGGAUGCGCCAUUGGGGAAAAUGGGUUUCUGAGAUAAGGGAGCCUCGGAAGAAGUCAAGAAUUUGGCUCGGGACCUUCGAGAUGCCGGAAAUGGCGGCUCGAGCCCACGACGUAGCUGCCAUUGCGAUCAAAGGCGGCUCUGCUCAGCUCAACUUCCCGGAGUUGGCUAAUGAACUUCCCCGCCCGGCUUCCAAGUCACCCAAGGACAUCCAGGCCGCGGCAGCCCAGGCAGCCGCCCAAGCGCCUCUUGGAAUCAACCAUGAAUCUGAGGCAGAGUUGAUGGCUUGUUCCCGAACCUCCGACACCAACGUGGCAUCCAAUGAUACUGGAGAGCUGUCAACUUCACAUCUGAGCGGCGUUGACGAUCCGUUCUUCGACCUGCCAGACCUCUUCCUCGGCCUAGGCCAUCACAUGGACGAGCUUUAUAGCGCGCUGCCAUGGCAGCUGUUCCAAACGGAGCAGGUUGAAGAUGAAUGCUGGGGGGAAGACCCUUUGUUAUGGAACCACUGCUGCUAGAGGUGUAUCUUGUCCAUUUGAUGCACGGAAUUGGCAGUUUGGCAGUACAUUUAGCUGCAGGUCGAUCCAAAUUCAAGCUCGAAAGGGGAAUCAAAGAAGCUUUUUAUAUCAGAUAGUUGAGUUUGGAUUUGCAUGGCUUAAAACAGUUUGCUUUCUCUGUGAUUUUAACCUCUUAUUCAUGUUAGAGAAACUGUCGUUCCAUGCUUGGAUCUGGGUUUUCUCCAAAAAUAAAAAAUAAAAAAUUGGCAUAGAGUGUGGGGGAAUUUAAUGUUUUGUUUAAGUGGGACUUCUAUCCAUUAAGCUGCAAUGUAUGAAUUUUAAUAUGGUAAACCUUUUUUGUGGUGACAAAUAUGUGAUCAGGAUAUUUUGAAGAAAUUGUCGUCGCAUUCAUACUUCAAAAAAUAAUGAGCUAUUUGUCUUAAGUAAUAGAAUGUAAGACUAAUCUGUGUAUUUCUCUCUCUCUC